CUUAACAGACGGGUGACAAGUAGCCUACUCUCCAUCGCCAUGCAUAGGUUUAGGAUAGCAGUGACUAUUUGGGUGGUUUGUAUGCUCGUAACAUUUCACCCUGCUGAAGCGUGGUACAGACAAUCUACCAGCCCAACCGCUUACUCUGUCGGUAGGGCAUCGGGAUUGUUGUCCGGGAUCAGGAGGUCGCCUUAUGUCCGGCGCGCAGAGUCAGAGUCUGAAAGCGAGGGACAGCCAGAGUCUUCAGAUAAAAACUUAAUUCCGGAGACAAUCUUUCGACCGUCAGUCUUCCUCAAAACGUUGGCAAUCUGUGUUAAAGACGUGUCACCAAACAUUCAAAGCUGCGAACCAGUCCAAGAUGGGACAGCGAUGUUUCAGUGCAAAGGCGAGUUACUCAUCUCGUUGGAUACACGGGAGUGUGACGGACUUUGAGCAUCUGCAUUCACACAGGGAAACACCAUGAACACUGAACUGGCAAUGGAGGACGGCACUUUUUUUUUUUUUUUUAAGAUGGUCUAUUAUGAUUUAUCAUGUCUUGUUAGGGCAACUUUUUAAC